AUGGCAAAAAAUAUAGCAAUAUUUCGUCAAGCAAAAAUAAGCCAAAUUUCUAGCUUAAAUCAUUUAUUACAGGAAUUAAGCAAAGAUAAUUUAGUUAAUCAUGAAAAUACACAAAAAAAUGUUGUUUGGUAUCACGAUACCGUCGAUACAUUUAAAAAAGUAUUUUUUGAACGAGACGGAAGUAAUAACGAGAUUAUAGAAACAAUAAAAGAAUAUGAAAAAGCGAUUGAUAAACAUGCAAGAGACGAUUAUAAAAAACAUAAAGAAGCAGAAAAAGAUAAAAUUUUCGCUGAAUGUAAAAAAAACGGCACUAAACCGCCAAAAAUCCGCACUGUAUUACAAACAAAAAAUCUCAAAAAAGAAUUUGUUAUUGCAAUCGGGGGCGAUAAAAAUGUUGAUAAUCAAGAAUUUUAUGACAAUGCAAUAAAAACAGUUAAAGCAGUAAUGAAGAAAAAAGGUCUUGGAGAAAAAAAUAUUUUAAGUAUAGCAUUUCAUUUCGACGAAACUACACCGCACAUUCAUUGUCAAUACAACGACUACGAUUUUAAGCGAAAAACGACUUCCAGCGAACUGGAACGUGUCCGCCCUACCGAGGAUAUGUCGAGAAGCGAAAAAAAGGCACACCGAAAAUAUGGAGAUGGAAAGAGGAGAAAAGGGAAGCAGGGCAAAAAACAAAUCAAAAACUGA